AUGACCGAGGUUGAUAAUGAAGUGGAGAUUGCACCAAGAAAGAUCUCCUUUACUAAUUCAACAAGGGAAAUUCGAUCAAGAGCAACAUCAAUCGUCAAUAUUAUUGCGGAUAGUUUUCAUACGUCUAUAAAUUCUGUUAUUCCAGCCGUCAAUGAACAGAUUGAUGAUGAUGAUGAUGAACUUCCUUUAUUUUCAAUUCGACAAAUAUAUAAAAAUUUAAUUAUUUUUGCAUUAAAUUAUGUAUUGCUGUUCACUGCUUAUAGUGGCAUAGCCGUACUACAAUCAAGUUUAAAUACAGAAGGAAAUGUUGGUGUUAAUUCUCUCAUUGUAUCUAAUGCUUUUUUCUUUGUUAGUUCAAUAUUUCUCACGCAUAUGUUAAUCGACAUUUUUGGACUCAAAUGGACGGCGAUUAUUUGUGAAAUAGGUUAUAUUUUCUAUAUUAUUGUUAAUAUUCGACCUCUACCAUCACUGAUGUAUAUUAGCGCCGGUUUGGUUGGUCUUGGUGCCGCGCCAUUAUGGACAUCUCAAGCAACGUAUAUAAAUCGUAUUGCACGUUAUUACGCUCAUCAUAAAGAGAAAGAAGUUGGUGUUAUUGUUAGUUUAUUUUUUGGAAUUUUUUAUGCCAUUUAUUAUACAAAUCUUAUUUGGGGAAAUUUACUUUCAUAUCUUAUACUUAAUCAAUCAAGUCAAUCACAAAAAUUUAAUUGCGGAAUUCAUUUUGAUCCAUUAUCAAAAAUACAAACUGGAGCAUCGAACAAUGUUAGUGAUGUGACACGUUAUGUUCUAUGUGGAAUAUAUGCUGGAAUGGGUAUUUUGUCAAUAAUUCUUUUAGUUUUAGUACUUGAUCAAAUUCGAUUAGCUAAACCACAAUCUGUUAGACAAUCAUUAAAGAAAAGUGUUGAACUUCUUCAAUCUUUAAUUCAAUGGAAACAUCUUAAUCAAUUGUUUCUUAGUCCAUUAAUAAUAUGGUCUACAGUUGAACAUGCAUUUUUAGUUGCACAAUUUACUCGAGUAAGAAAAUGA